UCUUGUCGCAGGUUAUAGCUGCAAACCUGCUUUCCGAUGUUGUUACUGGGAAGAUAGGAAAAUACAUCGCGAGCUCGUUGAGUUGUGCUUGUGAUGCUGAGUCGAGGUGUUCUUGAAAGGAGGAGCGAGUGGUGACGGCAUGGGGACGCGAGCAGCGAGAGGCGGCAGGGCGGCGUGCUUCGUGGUGGCGGCGCUGGCGGCGCUGGCGGCGCUGAGCCGCGCCGAACUCUACACGGCGCUGGUCGAGAUGGAGGAGCUGCUGGAGACUGAGGCUGUGCUCCUGAGGACCCUGGAGAGCUACAUCAGCGCCCAGGAGGAGAAGCUCAGCCUGCUGAAGAGGCGGGCGGCCGAGUACGCGCGGGAGCACGAGGAGGCCAGCCAGGACGCGCAGGGCUACCUGUCCAACCCCAUCAACGCCUACCUGCUGGUCAAGCGGCUCACCACGGACUGGAAGGACGUCGAGGCGCACAUCACCAGCGACGUGGGCCAGAGCUUCGUGGACAACCUGACGCAGUACCACCAGGUGCUCAAGUUCCCCACGGACGAGGACCUGAACGGCGCGGCGGUGGCGCUCAUGCGGCUGCAAGACACCUACAAGCUGGACACGUCCUCCGUGGCGCGCGGCGAGCUCAACGGCGUGCAGUACAGCACGGAGCUCACAGCCGGCGACUGCUUCGAGCUGGGCCGCCAGUCCUACAACAACGGUGACUUCUACCACACGGUGCUGUGGAUGAACGAGGCGCUGGACCGCUACCACGGGGAGUCCAACAAGACCACGACCAAGUCCGACAUACUGGAGUACCUGGCGUUCUCCACGUACAUGCAAGGGAACGUGAACGUGGCCUUGGAACUGACGGACGAGCUGCUGGAGAUGGUGCCGGACCACCAGCGGGCCCUGGGCAACCGCGUGUACUACCUGGCCGACAUCGAGCGCCUCGGCAAGGACCGGCGCAAGAGGGGGGAGGAUGGGGAGGACGACCCGCCCGCGGCCCAGCAGACGCCGGCGACGCCAGCCCAGGCGCCCGGGCAGACGGAGCCCCCGGAGAGGGAGCUCUACGAGAUGCUGUGCCGCGGGGAGGUGAUGCCGCCCCAGUCCGUGCUGUCGCGGCUCAGGUGCCGCUACGUGGACCGCGGGGUGCCGUUCCUGAAGCUCGCGCGCAUCAAGGAGGAGGAGGCCUACCUCCGGCCGCGCAUCGUCAUCUACCACGACGUGCUGUACGACUCGGAGAUCGAGGUCAUCAAGAGACUGGCUCAGCCGAGGUUCCGGCGCGCGACGGUGCAGAACUACCAGACGGGCCAGCUGGAGGUGGCGCACUACCGGAUCAGCAAGUCAGCGUGGCUCAAGGACGAGGACCACCGGGUGGUCACGGCCGUCAACCGGCGCGUGGAGGACCUGUCCUCGCUCACCGUGCAGACGGCCGAGGAGCUGCAGGUGGUCAACUACGGCAUCGGCGGCCACUACGAGCCGCACUUCGACUUCGCCAGGAAAGAAGAACAUAAUGCAUUCAAAAGCCUUGGUACAGGAAACAGAAUUGCUACAGUUUUAUUUUAUAUGAGCGACGUGCAGCAAGGGGGUGCCACGGUGUUCCCCGCCUUGAGGCUCGCCCUGUGGCCCAGGAAGGGCACGGCUGCCUUCUGGCACAACCUGCACCCCAGCGGGGAGGGCGACUUCCUCACCCGGCACGCCGCCUGCCCCGUCCUCACGGGCUCCAAGUGGGUGUCCAACAAGUGGAUCCACGAGCUAGGCCAGGAGUUCAGGAGACCUUGUGGCCUUACGGAAGAUGCGGACUGACGUAGCGCACCACUUCGACAGUUAAUGUUAAUGACUUUUGUACAUUCCUUCCUUCAAGUUGUGAAGCUUUAUUGGCACAUGUCAGUGCCUUUUUUUUAUUUCCUUUGCCAUUUGAUGAAUUUUCUGCAGCAUUACUUUGAGAUUAUACAUCAAGUUCAAUUACAAAGUACAAAAAUAACGUGAGAUUUAUUUUAAACUAUUUCCUAUUAUAUUUUGUAUUGAUCAUGAUUUCACUUUUGUUACCCAUAUUUGUAAAAAUUUGUAAAAAAAUUUAAUUUUAAACUAAAUUUAGCUGUGGCAAAAUUUACCACUUAUAAAUGUUCUCACUAGACUUUUAUUUCACACACAUUUAAAUUGCGGUAUCAAGUUUUCAUGUUUUUUUUAACUACAUCGUAUGUACUACGUAGUAUUUGACUCUUUUGAAAAUACUACCACAUUUAUUUGAAUUAUUUAACUUUUUUUUCAGUCUGAACCACAGUAAAAUUUUGGAAAACACAUACAUAUGAACUCAUUCUUGUACCAUGUCAUACAACGAAAAA